UGGAGGAAAAGCUGAUCUAAAGAAUCAUUAAAUCCCACCAACAGCUCUGAUAAAUUCACCAACCUAUAAGAUUACAUUCAAUCCUUCCAUUUAUGAAAACCACCACCCUAAACCUGUCCUCUCGUUUUCAAUAUGCUUACUCUACCUUCCCCUCUCUGAUAUAUUUCAUUUAGAAAUGAAAGACAGGUAAAAUACAGCUUCUCGUGUCCUAAACAUAGACAAAGAGAGCUCCAGUUGAGUACUUGUCUGUUUGGAUUUUCUUUGUUGGUUUUCAUGAAGCUGCAAGGUCGGACAAGAUGAGGAUUGAUUUUUCUGAAUAUGAACACGAACUGUCGAACUGAAGCUGCAAAAAGAUGAUGAUUCUGGGUUAAGUUUGAACCCCAAAAGCAAUUUUGGUUUGAAGGUCCAAAACCACUCUUCACUGUGGUGUUGAUGGUUUUGGUUCUUCAUGGAGUUACAGAAAGCAAGGACGGUGUUCUCACCUCUCAGUGACCCCCAAACCGCUUACCACAGAAGGAUGCUUUUGACUCUCUGAGGCAGGCAGCUGGAGAAUUUGGUAUUGGUAUUCUCUUCUAUAUUUUCUAUCGUUUCGGCCCUAGCCACAGAUGGGUUUUGGUUUUUUCAGUUCUGUUCUGGUUUUCACACUCUUCUUUAGGCCUUUAGUUUCCCAACAACCCAAUACAGAUGAGUUUUUUGUCUCUGAUUUCUUUAAGAAAAUGGGUCUAAACUACUCUUCAUCCGUUUUCGACUCAUCUGCUCCAAUUUGUUCAUGGGAAGGGGUCUUAUGUGACGAUCAAGAAGAGAAUGUUAUUGGUUUAGUGGCUUCUGGUUUAGGCCUCUCUGGCUUCAUCCCUGAUUCUACCAUUGGAAAACUCGGCAAGCUUCAAACAUUGGAUCUGAGCAAUAACAAUAUUACCGGUUUGUCGUCGGAUUUGUGGGGUUUAGGGAGUACUCUCAAGACCCUCAACCUCUCCAAUAACCAUUUUUCUGGGUUUCUUCCAAGUAACAUUGGCAACUUCGGUGUACUGGAAAAUCUCGACCUUUCCAACAACAACUUCUCCGGAGACAUUCCUGCAUCUAUCAGCUCUCUUUCGAACUUGCAAGUUCUCAAAAUAGACCGAAAUGAGUUCUCAGGGAGCAUUCCUCCAGGGAUCCUUAAUUGUAAAUCUCUGGUCUCAAUCGACCUUUCAUACAAUCAGUUCAAUGGAACUGUUCCAGAUGGUUUCGGUGCUGCAUUUCCUAAGCUCAGAACUUUGAACCUUGCUGAGAAUGGAUUUCAUGGAAGGUCUUCGGACUUCCUGGGCCUGAAAUCAAUCGCUUAUCUUAAUAUUUCAGGGAACAUGUUUCAAGGUUCUGUAAUGGGUGUGUUUCAGGAGCCACUGGAGGUUAUCGACCUGAGUAGGAACCAGUUUCAAGGUCACAUAUCGCAGGUACAUUUCAAUUCCAGCUUCAAUUGGUCUCGUUUGGUUUACCUUGACCUGUCUGCAAAUGAACUCAGCGGAGUAUUCUUCCAAGAUUUGAACCAAGCCAAGAAUCUCAAACACCUCAAUCUCGCCGGCAAUAGAUUUCCGGAACAGGAAUUCCCCCAAAUAGAAAAUCUCUCAAAUCUAGAAUACCUCAACCUGUCCCGGACUAGUCUUACGGGAAGCAUUUCAACUGCUAUCUCGCAAUUGGGUGAGUUAACUGUACUAGACCUUUCUGAGAAUCAUUUCACUGGCCGAAUUCCAUUUCUAAGAACGGAUAAUCUUCAAGUAAUAGACGUUUCGCAGAACAAUCUAACUGGAGAGAUUCCAUUUCCUUUGCUGGAAAAAUUGCCUCAUAUGAAGAAGUUCAACUUCUCUUACAACAAUCUUACACUUUGUGCUUCGAACUUCAAACCUGAAACCUUGCAAACUGCCUUCAUAGGGUCACAGGACAGCUGCCCAAUAGCUGCGAACCCAGAUCUCUUCAGAAGAAAAACCACUACACACAAGGGACUCAAGCUUUCUCUGGCCAUAACUGUUUCGAUUGUCUGUCUUCUGGUGGGCUUACUCUGCCUUGCCUUUGGGUGCAGAAGGAAAACCAGAAGGUGGGCAUCUAAGCAACUCUCAUUCAAAGAAGAACCCAACAUCUCAGGCCCCUUCUCUUUUCAGACAGACUCAACCACUUGGGUUGCUGAUGUUAAGCAUGCAAACUCAGUUCCUGUGGUAAUUUUUGAGAAGCCAUUGCUAAAUUUCACCUUUGCCGACCUCUUGUCUGCAACAUCACACUUUGACCGAGGAACUUUGUUAGCUGACGGGAGAUUUGGGCCUGUUUAUAGAGGAUUUCUACCUGGAGGAAUCCAUGUGGCUGUGAAGGUCUUGGUACAUGGAUCAACCAUGACUGACCACGAAGCUGCAAAAGAGCUUGAAUAUCUUGGUCGGAUCAAACACCCCAAUCUUGUUCCCUUGACUGGCUAUUGUUUAGCUGGUGAUCAGAGGAUUGCAAUCUAUGAUUACAUGGAGAAUGGGAAUCUGCAGAAUUUGCUUCAUGAUCUACCUCUUGGGGUUCAAACUACUGAAGAUUGGAGCACGGAUACAUGGGAAGAAGAUAACAAUAAUGGGAUCCAGAAUGUUGGCUCUGAAGGGCUACUAACAACUUGGCGGUUUAGACAUAAAAUUGCACUUGGAACAGCCCGAGCACUAUCAUUCCUUCACCAUGGUUGCUCCCCUCCUAUAAUUCACAGAGAUGUUAAGGCUAGCAGUGUUUAUCUUGAUUCAAAUUUGGAGCCAAGGCUAUCUGAUUUUGGAUUGGCUAAAAUUUUUGGGAAUGGUUUAGAGGAUGAGAUCUCUCGUGGUUCACCAGGAUAUGUGCCUCCAGAGUUUUCCCAAGCAGAAGAUGGUUCACCAACACCAAAGUCGGAUGUUUAUGGGUUUGGAGUUAUUCUAUUUGAACUGAUUACAGGGAAGAAACCCAUUGCAGAUGAUUAUCCAGAGGAGAAAGAUAUAACUUUGGUGAAUUGGGUGAGAGGACUUGUCAGAAAGAACCAGGGUUCAAGCGCAAUUGAUCCAAAAAUUCGUGGGACAGGGUCAGAGACCCAAAUGGAGGAAGCCCUAAGAAUUGGGUAUCUAUGCACGGCUGACCAUCCAUGGAAGAGGCCAAGCAUGCAGCAGAUAGUUGGGCUCCUUAAAGACAUUGAACCUGUGGUGCAUCCAUGAAGAAGAGAGGAAUAAGAUUUAGAAAGGAGUCCGUUUUCUUUGCUUCCCACAGGUUUCCUCUUUCCCUCAUUUUUUUUUGUUAUAUCCUAUGAUGCCAUGGAGGAAAUGUACAGUAUUCUUGAGCUCUUAUUUUGAACUUGGGUGUUUUCUUGUAUCUCUUGUUCUUUCAAUUUGUAAUUUUUACCUUUUAUCAUC